UCUAACGGAAGAAAACUCAGUCUUCUUGAACUCUUAAUUCUUGUUUCUGCCCUCGAGUCUCUGAAAUGGAAAUUCACAAAAUUCUCUUUGCCACAAACAAGGCCAUAGCCUGUAUUCUGUUCCUCACUCUCGCCAUUGCAUUUACCACCUCAGCUAGAAUCCUCGAUGAGCAACCGGAGGUACCUGUUGCCCCCCCGGAGUCAUACAACGCAGUUGAUAAUCCUGCCACCAAUGUUUCACCACUACCUACACCAUUAGCACCCACACAACCUAAUCCAACUGGGGCUGCAAGUACUAGUGCGGGAGCCACAAUUACCAAUCCUGGUCAUACCUUAAGCUUCUUCAUGCAUGACAUUCUUGGUGGGACAAACCCCUCAACUAGAGCCGUGACCGGCAUAGUCAGCAAUCCAGCAGUCACUGGCCAAGUCCCAUUUGCCAAACCUAAUGGUGCAAACCUCCCAAUAAACAAUGGGGUGCCCCAAAAUAACAACAAUAACGGCCUUAUAAAUAACAACAACCUGCCUUUCCUAACUGGACUUGGUGGCACCACACAACCUGUGUUACAGAACAAUGGCAACAACUUCAACAAUGCAUUUAACUUGCCACAGAGCACUGGGGGCAACCUUCCAUCUGGUUCUGCUUUUCAACAGCUCAUGUUUGGAACCAUUACUGUGAUCGACGAUGAAAUAACUGAAGGGCAUGAUUUAGGGUCAGGUUUUAUAGGUAAGGCACAGGGGUUCUAUGUGGCUAGUUCUGUGGAUGGUACCAGCCAAACUAUGGCAUUCACAGCUAUGUUCCAGAGUGGUCUUUAUGCUGAUAGCCUUAGCUUUUUCGGGGUUCACCGAACAGGAGUUUCCGAGUCUCAGCUUGCUAUCAUGGGUGGCACCGGAAAGUAUGUUGAUGCUCAGGGUUUUGCUAUUGUUAAGACAAUCCCUUCUAACAAUCAGCACGCGACUGAUGGUGUUGAGACCUUGCUUGAAUUCGCUGUUUAUGUUAGUUACUAAUCCAAAUUGUUCGAGAAAAUCAAUGCUGUAUUUGUAAGCAAGUUGUGUGUGUGCUUGGAGAUUGUGAGCUUGUAGUGUGUGGGGUUCUUUGAACAGAAUGUUUGCUUUGUUUAUGAAUCAUAUCUAGAGAAAAUGGAAACUCUGUUUUUUCAUCAA